GCCAAGCUCACAGAAUUAAUAAGAAGUCUCCGUGUUGUCAUUUGUGAGUCGGUGGUCCCACAGAGGAAAGUCCUACCAUAUAAGAAGCUAGGCACAACAGCCUGCAUCUAUACUCCCACCAUGGGGAAGGCAGAGGAAGAACUCUUGAAGCUUGCCAACCAGCCAUGGCAGCCAAACCGUGCUCUGCUACCGAAAUCCACAGGCUCGCAGCGGUGGACCCAUCUCCAAGCUCAGAAGCGGAGCAGCUCUAAUGUCUACUCAGCAUUCGGAAGGAGACACCUUUUCUCGGACAGCCCCAGGGUGUUUGAAUCCAGUGAAGAAGCUGGGGCUCUCGUUCUCACCAUCGUUGUAUCGGGUCAUUUCUUCAUUUCCCAAGGACAGACACUCCUGGAAGGGUUUUCGCUCGUUGGCAGCAAGAGCUGGUUGAAGAUUGUGAGGCGCAUGGACUGUCUUCUGUUUGGAACAACGAUAAAGAGCAAGAGCCGCAUGUUUCGUGUGCAGUUCAGUGGAGAGUCGCAGGAAGAGGCGCUGGAGCGCUGCUGCAGCUGUGUGCAGACCUUGGCCCAGUAUGUCACCGUUCAGACACCUGACAGCAUGGUCCAGCAGCUUCAGCAGAGCCCAGGCCCACUGGGGGCAGGUGAAAGCCAAGGGAAGGACCCACUGCAGCAGGGGCCCUAUCUGAAUCUCGAGCAGCAGGUGUGUGUGGCAGCUGGCACUGGCGCUCUGGAGGGAAGGACUUCAGUGAUGCAUCUAGCUCAGACUAUUCUGGCAUCGGAGAAGCUGCCCCAAGUCUAUGAACAGUCUUCAUGGGGAGCAGAAGAGUUGGGUCCCUUUCUACGCUUAUGCCUCAUGGAUCAAAACUUUCCAGCAUUUGUGGAAGAGGUGGAAAAGGAACUUAGAAAGAUCACACAGAGUUGAGAAACUAAAGCCCUGCACAUAUAUACAAUUAAGGAACUGAA